CACACUAGCUUUCGGAGCGACACCCUUUCAUCAGAUGAUUUCCUGUGGUCCGAUGCAGUCAUUUGCUCACUGCCUUAUUCGGAGAAAAAUAGUGACAGAGGAUUGCAUUCAAGAGACCAAUCUCCGUCGCUGUUUAUCAACCAUUGACCUUAUUGCUCUGGGCGUUGGAAGCACGCUGGGUGCUGGUGUGUAUAUAUUGGUUGGAGACGUUGCCAAAAGACAGUGUGGGCCGAGCAUUGUAAUCUCUUUCCUAAUUGCUGCACUUGCAUCAGUGUUGGCAGGUCUGUAUUAUGCAGAGUUUGGUGCGAGAGUACCAAAGACUGGAUCGGCUUAUCUCUACAGCUAUGUAACCAUUGGAGAAUUUUUGGCGUUUAUUACCGGUUGGAAUUUAAUUCUCUCAUAUGUCAUUGGCACAUCUAGUGUGGCGAUAGCAUGGAGUGGUACCUUUGAUGCAUUGUUCGGCAAACGGAUUGAAAAUUUUCUCAGCAGCCAUGUGAAAAUGGAUGCACCAGGAUUGGCCAAAUAUCCAGAUUUCUUUGCUGUGUGUUUGAUCAUAUUAUUGGCAGGACUCCUUUCAUUUGGUGCAAAAGAAUCAACAACAGUAAAUAAAGUCUUUACGAUAAUUAAUGGCCUCGUGCUUGUGUUUGUUAUUAUCGGAGGUUGCGUUAAAGGAAACAUUGAUAACUGGAGGAUUACUACUGAGGUGCUGUUGAACAUCACUGCAGAAGCACGGAAUCUAUCCUCUAUUGUAAACAUAACCAGCGAUUAUGGAGUAGGAGGAUUUAUGCCUUAUGGAUUCAGUGGCACUCUGUCUGGUGCCGCCACUUGUUUCUAUGCAUUUGUAGGGUUUGAUUGCAUAGGAACGACAGGUGAAGAGGUGAAAAGUCCUCAGAAGUCCAUCCCAGUUGGGAUUAUAGCAUCUCUUCUCAUUUGCUGCUUAGCCUACUUUGGGGUUUCUGCUGCUCUUACGCUUAUGAUACCUUACUAUCUGCUUGAUACUCAAAGCCCAAUCCCUGUGGCCUUUGAAUAUGUGCGAUGGAGUCCUGCAAGAUACUUUGUAGCUGUGGGCUCUCUGUGUGCACUUUCAACAAGCCUGCUGGGCAUGAUGUUCCCUUUACCCCGCAUCCUGUUUGCUAUGGCAAGGGAUGGCUUACUGUUUGACUUUCUAGCAAAACUGAGUAAACGUCACACCCCAGUUAUUGCCACAAUAAUUUCAGCAAGCAUUUCUGCUGUAAUGGCAUGCCUAUUUGAUCUGAAGACACUGGUUGAUAUGAUGUCCAUUGGAACACUUCUGGCCUACACAUUGGUGGCAAUAUGUAUCAUUAUUUUGAGGUACCAACCAGACUUUAGUAAGAAUGUUGGCAUUGAAAUGAAUGAAGAGAAACAAUGUGAACACACUACAGAGUCCCCAAAGGAAUCUUUCAACAUUAACUUAUUGGUAAUUCCUCUUCAAUUCCCAUCACCGCAGUCAUCAAGUAUUGUUACAUGUUGUGUGGGACUAACAGUCAUUUUAAUUUGCAUUCUAAGUGCAAUGAUCACUCUUAGGCUGGAUUCAAUCAUUGCAGCAGAGAGCUGGAGUCUUGGUUGCUUGGUGCCGGUCCUGUUGAUAUUAGCAGUCACAGUAUUUAUUAUCUGGAGACAACCUCAAAACCAGAAGAAAGCCUCAUUUAUGGUGCCGUGUGUACCAUUCCUGCCAAUAUUCAGUAUUUUGAUAAACAUUUACCUGACGGUGCAGUUGAGUGCAGACACCUGGAUUCGCUUCUCUGUUUGGAUAGCAAUUGGUUUACUGAUAUAUUUUGGCUAUGGCAUUCGACACAGCGUGGAAGGUCAGUGACAUCAAGAAUGCUCUAUUUUGAAUCGAUUUGAAAACGAAAAGCCAGCUGAGAAAGAGAAUAAGAAUGAGGCUUGUUCAGGAACCAAUGAUCCAUCAAGGAUAAGCUAGUAAUUACAACUUCUGAACAAAUUGAAUAUGAACAGUCCAGUUCCUCUACAAAAUAAAGUCAAAUUUCUUUUAUACAUUUUUAACAUAAUUACACACACGAAGAAUCUUUGCAGGAGUGCUAUCAAAAGUUUGAUGAUUAUUAACUAUUACACUCAGAAAAAUGUUACCUAAACACUAAGGAAGGGAGGUCAAUAUGAAUGUACUUUGCUAUACCAGUUCUACUC